GUGGGAAUUGUUGGGGAGGCUCCGACGAAAGACGGCGGCUCCGAUGGCCCAACCGCUACUGCCCCCAAUUCACAUUCGCACCCAAAUCAAACACCCACACUUGGCCUUUUAACCCUUUCUGAUUCUCCGCGUACGGUUCUCUCUCUCUCUCUCUCUCUCUCUCUCUCCUCUUUUUUGCUUCCGUUUCAGACCCUCACUCAUUUGUUCUCAUCAUCAGAUCUUCCCUUGCCUUUCUCUCUCUCUCUUCCGCCUUUACCUCUACGUAAUCGUGAAAUUCUGAUCGUAUUUUGCGGUUAAGUCUCUUGAUCCAUUUGUUUGGAAACCCUAGAUUAGUUCAUCGAUCACGCCCCCUGUUCGCGAAUCAAUCGAUAAUCUUAUUUGAAAUUGUAUUCUAAUUAUCUUUUCUGAGGUCCCAUACAGUCUUAUUCGGCACCAAUCGUUUUCGUCUAAUUUAUGGAUUUUCUGGAAUCUGUGUUUGGCGGUUUCCGGGUGGGAAAAGGCCAAGCUUGUUGCGUGUUUGGUAUUUGAAUACUGCGGUUCUUUUUAUAUUUCUCUGCAACCUGAUUUCGGUGCGAAUUGAUAAAGUUUGGUUUUUUCUGGUUCUGUCGAGACUCUUGGGGGUUUUUGACUUUUGAUUUAGAGGGUUCGGCAGUUGAUCGUUCGGCAGAAGUUGAAAUUUUUAUUAUUAUUGUUGUUAUUACUCUCGAUUUUCCGGGGUGGAUGAUUUCUUCUUGUCGCAUAAUUUGAAUUACUAUACUGGAGCUGCUGAAGGGAAAGCAAUGUCGAGGAGUAGGGGAAGCAAAGAAGAUGCAGACACGCCUGUGGGUAUUGCAGUCAAAGACUCGUCGCUCAGACUUUUGAAGAUCAUCGCACUUCUGAUUGUUUUUGCCGCUGGUGUGGUCAUAGGGUUGGCCUCCAGUUCUCACAUUAAUCGGUAUUUUAACCCACAGGCUGAACUGUACUAUUCUAUAAACCAUGCUUCUUCUUCUAUAAAUAGCACAACUGGGAAUAACUGUACUAUUGUACAUGUAGACGCUUGUGAAAAGGUGGAUUGUUUAGACAUGGAUGGCUUUCUUCAUCCUAAGAAUCUGACGCAUGGUUUGUCAGACAAGCAACUCUUUUGGAGAGCCUCAAUGGUGCCGGAGGAGGAGGAGUAUCCUUAUGAUAGGGUGCCUAAAGUGGCUUUUAUGUUCUUGACAAGGGGGCCGCUCCCGCUAUUGCCAUUGUGGGAGAAGUUCUUUCAAGGCCAUGAGAAGCUAUUUUCAAUAUAUGUGCAUGCUCUUCCCGGGUACAAGCUCAAUGUAUCAACCACCUCUGUUUUCUACAGACGGCAGAUUCCUAGUCAGAUUCUGACUGCUGCACAGAAUCUCUCAAAAUUCAUGUUGUUGGAGAGGUGGGCAUUAAUUCUUUUAACCAUUAUCAGAAAGAUCCUGAAAUCUAAGGAUGUUCAGUGGGGAUCAGUAGGACUGGUUGAUGCGGAGAAGCGUCUUCUCGCCAAUGCACUACUUGAUUUCUCGAAUGAGCGGUUUGUUCUUCUUUCUGAGAGCUGCAUCCCAGUGUACAACUUCCCAACUGUUUACAAGUAUCUCAUCAAUUCUGAUCACAGUUUUGCUGAUUCUUAUGAUGAGCCCACACGUUAUGGGCGUGGUCGAUACAGUCGCAGCAUGCUUCCUGAUAUCAAGCUCUUUCAAUGGCGGAAAGGAUCCCAAUGGUUUGAACUCCACCGUUCCCUGGCCAUUGCAGUAGUCUCAGAUACCAAGUACUAUACCCUGUUCAAGAAAUACUGUAAGCCUUCUUGCUACCCAGAUGAGCAUUACAUUCCAACUUACUUGAACAUGUUCCACGGAUCCCAAAAUGCGAACCGGAGUGUCACUUGGGUUGACUGGUCAAUAAUUGGUCCACACCCAGCUACAUUUGAGGAGGCUAAUGUUACUGAAAGUUUUAUACAGUCUUUAAGGAAUAAUGGGACGAUCUGUUCAUAUAAUUCAAGAACAACAUCCAUUUGUUAUCUCUUUGCUCGUAAGUUUGCUCCGAGCGCCCUGGAGCCCUUACUCAACCUCAGCUCAACAGUGAUGAAAUUUUGAAAUUUUUUAUUUGGAAGAGAUGGGAUCUUUUUCUUAUUUGCAGAAUCUCUAGAUUUUUGUAGGGUCCUUUUUUUCAUACUAAAGUCAAUUUCUAAUAGUGGUGGUUAUUUUUGUAGGUUUUUUUUUUUUAUGUCCAAUAGGGGUGCUUAUUUUGUUUAGGUAGUGUACAGUUAGUUUUGGUCGAGAUUUUUAGGUUCUCAACCAUUAGAAGGAUCAUUUAUUUAUUGCACAUAUUUGAGACAGAAUAUAGCAAAUAAAGGGCAAAAAUACAACAAUGUAGAAGCAUCAUUUUAUCGAUGCUUUCUGAAA